UAAGGAUAACAUUUUUGUGCACAAACUGAUAUAGAAUUUGUAGUUUUGAAGAAUUUGUCACAGUGAAAAUCGAAGGAUUGAGAAAAAUACAACUUAAUAUAUCAAUAAGCUUUAAACUCUUUGAUAACUCGUCAGUAUUUCUCGCCUCCACCAAGCACCGUACCUGACCAAAACAGUAGUAAUAAACAACCUUUUCCACGUGAAAAUGACAGUUCUAUGAAAUGUGGACAAUGUCUUACACGGCUUUUGCCAUGCUUCAGCAGAUAUUCACAUCAGUUUGGAACUCCUUACAACUGCGAAACAGACACACAGUGUCCACCUGGUUACUCAUGCUGCCAACAGGAUUGUUUUUUGCUUAAAAUUUAUACAAAAGAAAUAUUUUUAACUCAGUAUGUAGGAGGACUAAGGUACAACAAAAUAUCAGCAUCUACCAGUAGACCAGAACUCUCGACCAGUAUUUUAGAUACGACCGUUUUUGCAGAAGAAGACACACCACACCAUAUUACUGAUGAUCAAACUAAAACUACUGCUAAAACUAAUGAAGCUACUUCUACUAUUAUUACUCAGCCGACCAGUGUUGAAACCAGCAGUUUGGAAGGUGAAGACAGCGAGAAAACAACUAGCAUUACUAGGAACAUUGAAUACAUUACAACUCCUACUAUCGAGACCGUUAUUCCUACAGAAUAUACUACUGUACAAGAAAGUGAUGAUAAUGAUGAUGAUAAUACGCCAAUAACAAUGGCUAACAAAGUUAUAACUGCACAAUCUACAGAACCAGAAACCACUGAAAACCAAAAAAAGCUGUUACUGAGGAUGCAUUCAAUAGUGACGACGAAGAUGGCAGUGCAGAUCAUGCAUAUGACGAUUAUGAAGAUAAUUAUUAUGAAGAUAAUGAUGAUGAGGAUAAUGAUGAUGAAGAUGAUUAUGGAGAUAUUGAUGAUGAAGAUGCAGACGACAAAGAAUACGAAGAUUAUGAAUAUGAUGAGGACUGGGGACGAUGAUGAUGAUGAUGACUAUAACAGUGCUUUACAGUGAUUAUACUUUUGAUAAAGAUUAAAGUAGUUAUGAAGACAAUGAGUACGAAACUUUGUAUAACAUUAAAUAAUGUUUGUUUAAUAAUAGAUCUGUUAGAUAAUAUUAAACAAUAAUAAUAGUAGAGAAUCCUAUAUAAGGUCAAUCUGCACCGAUCUGUUUAAUGGAUAAAACUUAUUGGAUAUGUAAUUUAGUAUGUUAAAAAUUAUUAAAAACAAGGGGUACCCGAUAUAAUUAAUUAUUAGAGAGCGGAAUAUAUGCAAAGUGCAUAUAGAUGCAUAUAUUGCAUAUUUUCAGACAACAAACACAACAUUGCAUAUUUAAGCUAAACACGAUUUAUUUUGCAUAUUUUAAAAAUAAAUUAUAUAAAAGUUUAAAAUUUUCCUCUCUUAGUUGGAAUUUUAUAACUUCGAUAUGAACAAGCUCGUUAUUUAUCUAUCUAUCGCUCAUUAUUAUCUAUCUGGACUUUCCCAUUACUACCUGAAUUUAACAAUUAUCGGUGUUCCCAGAAAAAUAUUAUUUUAUUAGCGUAGCAAGUCGUAGGUACCUACCUGCUUUUAAGGGUCUAAUAUUUAUUUUGUCAGUUUCCGGCCAACAUUUGUUUAAAGUAAACGUUGUAUCGUAUUUAGUGUUUUUGAAGUGAUUGGUAUAUAUUAAAUUUAAAUAUGUCUACCAUUCAAAAAAGUGCUUGGAUAAAGUGUUUUCCCGAGUUAUAGCUAAGUGGAGACAAAGUAUUUUGCAAGGCCUGUUCCAAAAUUGUAAGUUACAUUCAUUUUCACAUUUCAUUUUUUAAAUGAGGAACUGACAAACAAAAGCAUCAUGUCCCACAAAAGAAAUUUUUCUGGAAAGAGUGAUUUUAUUCGACAAAUUCGCUUUUUAAGUCGCCAAAUUAGUUUACUGCCUAAAUUAAAAUAUUGUCCUAUAACAUCAGUAGAUGUAGAACGAACUUUUUCUGUGUCCAAACACGUUUUUAGUGAUAGAAGGCAAAAGUUGCUAGUUGAAAAUUUUGAAAAAUAUUUGAUUAUACAUUCACACUAUAAUUUAGAUUGUUAAUUGAAUUAUAAUAUCAGUUUUUGUGUGUCAUUUCAUUUGUUUUUAUGUGAAAAAUAAAUAUGUAUUAAACAUAAAUGUUUAUAUUUAAUAUAUUGUUUUAUUUUUGAGUAUUUUUAAUAUGCAUUUGCAUAUUUAGACAAAUUUGGAAAAAAUACCUGCAUAUUUGUAGUAAAAGUAAUGCAUAUAUAUGCGCAUAUUUUGGUAAUGUUGUGUUGCAUAUAUUCCGCUCUCUAUUAAUUAUUAAUAAAAAAAAUAUUUUUUAUAUUAAUUAAAAAAAUUAACCCGUGCAGACAUUAUUUUAGAUUUUUUGAAUCAUUCGAAAUAGUCGUGUCGCCAGUGGGGGGUACAACGGCUUCCUUAAUUCAGAUGGACUUACCCAAGUUUUCUUUAUGUAUUUUGACCCGUAGAACACGAAUUUUUUGGGCAACAGUCGAUCCGGAUGUCGAUAAGAUUGUUAUAAACAAAGAACUUGAGGAAUCACAUAACAGCGAUUUUUCGCAAAACAAAACAUUUUUUUGUAUUUUUUGGGUCAUUCUAAGCAAAAAAUGUUUUUACAAUUUUUUUCGUAAGAUGCAUAGUUUUCGACAUAAGCGCGGUUGAACUUUCAAAAAUCGAAAAUUGCAAUUUUUGUACCCGAAUAACUUUUGAUUGAAAAAUAAAAUAGCAAUUCUGCUUACCGCAUUUGAAAGUUCAAGUCAAAUUCUAUCGGUUUUGACUACUUUCAUUGCUAAAAAUUAAUUUUUUUUAUUGUUAAACAAAGCUAUAAACAUAUAGUGAUUGAAUGAUGUUUUCAAUGCAUUUGAAAUUGAACGAGUAGGCGCGCAUACAGACAAUUUAUACGUAGGUUACGUACAUUAAAACGCAUGCAUUGGGCACGGGAAAUACUAUGUGUUUAUGGCUUUGUUUAACAAAUAAAAACUUAAUUUUGAGCAAUGCAAAUAAUCAAAACCGAUAGAAUUUGACUUGAACUUUCAAAUACAGUAAGCAUAAUUGCUAUUUUAUUUUUUAAUCAAAAGUUAUUUGGGUUCAAAAAUUGCACUUUUUCGAUUUUUUGAAAGUUCAACCGCGUUUAUCUCGAAAAUUAUGCAUCCUACGAAAAAACUUGUAAGAUCAUUUUUUGUUGAGGAUCACCCAAAAAAUACAAAAAAAUGUUUUGUUUUGCGAAAAAUCGCUGCUAUGUAAUUCCUCAAGUUCUUUGUUUAUAACCAACUUAUCGACAUUCGGAUCAACUGUUACCCAAAAAAUUCGUGUUCUACGGGUCAAAAUACAUAAAAAAAAAACUUGGGUAAGUCCAUCUGAAUUAAGGAGGCCGUUGUACCCCCCCUGGCGACGGGACUAAAACAAAAAAGGUAAGUAUUUUAUAAUUUUUCUCUUAAGUUGAUCGUUUUGGAGUUAUAAACAAUUUAAGGCUAAAAACGCAAGUAAAAAUUUUAUUUUUUUAACAUGAAGUACUUAAAUUCAAGUUCUAACCAUCUUCUAUCAGGUCCCGAUAAGAAUUUUGCUAUGUUUUAUUCUAAAAUAUAUUUUGUUAAUGAGGAAGGUUCCUUGUGGGAGGACGGCAUUAUAAGACGGGAUCGUACUGCAUUAAUAACUAAAAAACGAUGUUUACAAAAAAUAGUUAUCAAGAAUUGAUAAAAUAUGGUUUGAACUUGAAUUUAGGUAUUUCGUAAUUUCAAAAAUGAUAUUUUUUACUCGUGGUUUCGAGCCUUGAAAAUCGUCAUCUUUCGUUCUUUUUUCAGUUUUAAAUUGUUUAUAACUCGAAAAAGAUCAACUUAGAGAAAAAUUACAAGUCUUUUUUUGUUUAGAUUGAGCCAAAAAAUCUAAAAUGAUGUUCCUGACCGAUUUUUUUUAUUUUAAAAAAGUCAUUUUUAAAUUAUUAAUUAAUUCUAGUCAGAACAAAGUUAUAUUGAGCAUCUUGUUUUUUUAUAAUUAUUAACAUACUAAAUUACAUUAAUCAAAUUAUUUUUAUCCAUUAAACAGAUGGGUGCAGGUCGACCUUAUAUCGUAUCUUAGACUAUAAGUUAUUAUAAGAAUUUAUAUUAAACCAAUUUUAUAGUA